CAGCUCCAUUUUCUUCCACCCCUACUUCGUACGCAACGCCCCCAAAAAGAGCAUUUUCCCAAGUCGUCACGUCGACAGUCCCACAAAGGACGCUUGACGAAACAGUAGUACCCCUUGAGAUGCAAGCUAUGGCCCCCUAAAAUCCUGGCCAGCAUUGCUGUGCAUCCCUUUGUGCGGCUCAAGGUCGCAUCCUUUCCAAAAUAACACGGCGGACAGCGAAUCAACGAGGGUCAUUUUGCGACACGGCGCUCCGAACUGGAUAUGAUCUGCUGCUGGUCACUGAUCAUCAGUGGCGAGGCAGGCAGACAUGGGGGUUCGGAGGGCCCCCAAUUCGGGCACGGUGCUUACUGUUUGCAUUAGUUAGUAUGGCGGCUGAGAGCCGCUAUAUCUCCAGAGCCUUGCGGGACGGGACGAGACGGGCACACCCUUGCGGAACGAUGGUUGAUAAAGACCGGGCAUUUCGCAACUUGCGCUGCUUCGUGGGUAUGCCCAUUCGCCCGUCCCGCUUCAGGCUCGGCGCCUUAUAGACUCCAUGGCUGCUCAGAACCAGCAAUCGGAAUCUACCGAGUUGCUGAAUGCCCUGGAGUCUUCUGCUAUUUCGCAGAAUCCCCAUGUCUGGUCGGAGGCGCAGCAGCUUGAGCACCAGCAGCAGCAUGAGCACCCCGGCAUGGCUGAGGACUACGAUUCCCGGGAACCGCAUCGGGUCCCUUCUUCAGUUUCAGAAUGGGCGCGACCUGCCUACCAGCCGGUUCCGGACAUUGCCGGCCAGCCUAUGACAACCCAAAAGUACGACCCUUCUUCGACCUCCUCGGAAGUACCUCCAGAGCCAAGCAAGGAGCAGCAGCCCGCUCAGCAUCUUCCGGAAGGAGAGCGCUACUGGGGAGGUGGUUGGGGCGCGGAGAUCGUAUGUGUGGUUUUCAGCAUCCUCUGCGUGGUUGCCAUCAUCAUCAUUCUCUCGCGCGUUGACGGUCAGCUGCUCUCGUCAUGGACCAUAGCUGUCUCGCCCAACGCCGUCGUCGCGGUCCUGUCCACCGCUGCCAAGGCCGCCAUGAUCUUGCCAGUCACCGAGAGCAUCAGCCAGCUCAAGUGGCUCUUCCUGAAGCGAAGGGCGUUAGGCCCCGAACACCUUCAACAAUUUGACAAUGCAAGCCGCGGGCCGUGGGGCGCUUUGAAGCUUCUCUGGCAUGCCAGGAAGUCGCCCUUUCCCACCUAUAUCGGUUGCCUCGUCACCAUCGCCGCCAUCGCCGUGGAUCCCUUUACGCAGCAGAUUCUCAGCUUCGAGCAAAAAUCGACUCAGAUGCCCGGGGUGCAUUCUUCGACAAACAGAUCACAAGUCUAUGACAACGGUGAUCUUGGGGUCACCGGCGUCGGCGCCGUUGUUGGUCCGACACGGGACGGCCUUUUGCAAGCCGCGGCGAUAGCAGGCGUCUAUGACCUGGUCUCUCCACCGCCGUUCAUUUGUCCCGGAUCCAACUGCACGUACCCAGACUUCACCUCUCUCGGGGUCUGCAGCAAAUGCAGCGACGUCACUGCGCGGACCACCAAGAGCUGCGAGGACAACCCAGGAGGGUUUCGCGUCCAACAAUGCAACUUCACAAUGCCAGGGGGGUUCAAGCCCGAGGCCUAUGCGACCAGUGACGCCCAUAACGGAUUCCGCUACACGCAUCUCAACGUAAGCGUCAACGCAACCCAGGUCCCACCAACACAGCUCAUCACCUUGGGCAUGAUACGCUUCGCCAUGGACGACGGCGGAGGCAACACUCACUGGCAGGACACUGUGACGGCGUAUGAGUGCGGCUACGAGGUGUGCGCCAAGGAGUACUCGGGCUGGAGGUCCAUCAACGGAACGGUACGGACUGGCACGGUGCGGGAAUCGCGACUGAAUCUGACCGGCAUCGGACCGCUGGUGCCGUUCACGACGCUCGAGAAGGGGUUUCCCGGGAAUACAACCUUCGAGAUCAAUUUUCUCGAUAUACAGGCCAUGACCGGGGCCCUUAUGACCAUCUUCUACACCAAAAGCGGCAGCACCGACAGCAACAGCUUCAUGGCGGGCCUGUACAACAGCCCCGACAUCGUGCGCACCGUCGACAACAUCGCGACCGGCAUGUCGUAUCGCAUGCUCUCGGGGCCCAACACCACCGCCGUGACCGGCGAGGUGUUUGCUGUGCAGACGUACAUGCGCACCCACUGGGCCUGGCUGUCCUUGACGGCGGUUCUCGAAGUUUUGACGUGCCUCUUUCUGAUCAUCGUGAUUGUCGCCACGAACAGGGCACGGCAGCACGCGUGGAAGUCGUCCCUGGCGCCGCUCUUGUACGAGGACGCCACAAUCGACAAGUAGCAAAGGUCGGAGCCCGGUUGGUGCAGCCUGGAGGAGCAGUAGUAGCAUUGCCGGCGUUGUGUGAAAUUGAGUGGCUCUAUAGAGCCCCCAAGAGUAUAUAGCGAUAAAAAUUAUCAUCAAGAACCAUGAGC